GGAUUUUUCAUGUUCUCUUCCCUUGUGAGGCUUCCCUUGUCCUUAUUUGGUAGGCGAGUUGCCGUUGUUUCUCCUUCUGUGUUGGACCCAAGCCGCACUUCCCUCUUACGCCUCUCUUUUUCUACUGCUGCGCCGGCAAUGGGAGAGACCCCCGAGCCCAAGUCCUCUGCGCCCAGCUGCGCCAAGGACGAAGCUUAUCUUCAGAAAGUCAUCCCCAAACGCAUUCAUCUAUUCGAAGAAAUCAAAGCCCAGCAAAUCGCAGAGCGUGUGCACAUCGGAGGAGAACCCAUUAAAAUUACUUUGCCAGAUGGCACUGUCAAGGAAGGUAAGAAAUGGAUAUCAACACCAAUGGACAUUGCUAAGGAGAUAUCGAAAAGUUUGGCAGCAAAUGCUAUCAUAUCUCAGGUUAAUGGAGUUCUUUGGGACAUGUCAAGACCUCUUGAGGUAGACUGUGAGCUCAAGUUAUUCACAUUUGAGACUGAUGAAGGGCGUGACACGUUUUGGCAUUCCAGUGCUCACAUCCUUGGGGAGUCUCUUGAGCAGCAAUAUGGAUGCAAACUUUGCAUUGGACCCUGUACCACUAGAGGGGAGGGAUUCUACUAUGAUGCAUUUUAUGGUGACUUAGGUCUGAAUGAGGAUCACUUCAAGAAAAUUGAAUCAGCGGCAUUGAAAGCUGUUGCGGAAAAACAGCCUUUUGAGCGCAUUGAGGUGACACGAAAACAGGCUCUUGAGUUGUUUUCUGAUAAUAAUUUUAAGAUUGAGAUCAUUAAUGAAUUGCCUGAAGACAAGACCAUCACUGUAUACCGAUGUGGGCCCUUAGUUGAUCUCUGCCGUGGACCCCAUAUUCCAAACACAUCUUUUGUCAAGGCAUUUGCUUGUUUAAAGGCUUCUUCAGCUUACUGGAGGGGGAAAAAGGAGCGUGAAAGUUUACAGAGAGUUUAUGGGAUAUCUUAUCCAGAUUCCAAGCGUCUGAAGGAGUACCUUACCCAACUGGAAGAAGCGAAGAAGUAUGACCACAGAUUAUUGGGGGCAAAACAAGAGCUUUUCUUUUGUCAUCCACUUAGCCCAGGAAGUUGGUUCUUCCUUCCCUAUGGCACUAGAGUUUAUAACAAGUUAAUGGAAUUCAUACGUACUCAGUAUAGGGAGAGAGGUUACCAAGAGGUUUUAACACCAAACAUGUACAAUAUGCAACUUUGGGAGACAUCUGGUCAUGCUGCUAACUACAAAGAGAACAUGUUCUUAUUUGAGAUUGAGAAACAAGAAUUCGGACUUAAGCCAAUGAAUUGUCCUGGGCACUGCUUGAUGUUUGACCAUAGAGUUCGUUCCUACAGAGAAUUACCUCUACGCCUUGCUGAUUUUGGAGUUCUGCAUCGGAAUGAGGCUAGUGGUGCUCUUACUGGGUUAACACGUGUCAGGAGAUUUCAGCAGGAUGAUGCUCAUAUCUUUUGUAGGGAGUCUCAGAUAAAAGAUGAAGUUAGGAGCGUCUUGGAGUUUAUAAAUUAUUGUUAUGAUGUAUUUGGGUUCACAUUUGAGCUAGAGCUAUCAACGCGGCCAGAGAAAUACCUAGGAGAUUUAGAAACAUGGGAACUAGCUGAGAAAGCUUUGUCAGAAGCACUGAAUGAGUUUGGUAGGCCAUGGCAGAUCAAUGAAGGAGAUGGUGCAUUUUAUGGGCCGAAGAUUGACAUUAGUGUUUUCGAUGCUCUAAAGAGGAAAUUUCAGUGUGCCACGUUACAGCUGGACUUUCAGCUCCCUGCUCGUUUCAAUUUGUCUUUCUCAGCAGAGGAUGAAACUAAGAGGGAGAGACCUGUUAUGAUACACAGAGCCAUCCUAGGUUCUGUUGAGCGUAUGUUUGCUAUACUUUUGGAGCACUACAAAGGAAAAUGGCCCUUCUGGCUUAGUCCACGCCAGGCAAUUGUUUGCCCUGUUUCACAGAAAUCUGAACCAUACGCCCUGCAGGUACGGGAUAGCAUUCAUCGAGCGGGUUAUUAUGUUGAUGUUGAUACCACAGAUAGAAAGAUUCAGAAAAAGGUACGAGAAGCUCAGUUGGCACAAUACAACUAUAUCCUGGUUGUUGGCGAGGAAGAAGCAAACACUGGACAGGUCAGUGUAAGGGUUAGAGACAAGGCAGAUCAUUCUGUCAAAAGCAUGGAGGAGCUACUGAAUCAUUUUAAGGAAGAAGUAGCAGCUUUCCAUUAGAUUGCUUAUGCGCAACUUUGAGAAGAGACGGAAUCGACGAAAGACAGGGAUAAAACAUAUACACUAAACUCGAGUUCAACCCAUAUAGCCAUCAGUUUUUUGUUUUUUUUUUGUUGUUGUUGUUGUUGGUGUUUAUAUUUUAUUUUCUGAUGGGUAAUUGCAAUUGUGCUCCCAACUUUGAUGGAUGGUUCUAACUUGUUGGAAUUUGUAUUCACUCUAUAUUUUUUCCUUGUCAUUUUAUUUUUAAAUUUUAGAAACAGAAAAUUGUACACAAUCCACUGUAGUUUCUAUGCAGAUUUAUUGGUAUCCAUUAAAAGAUUUCAGGUGAA